GUUGGGUUGAUUGUGUGUCGUAUUCUUAUUUUAUUUUAAAUUAGCAAAAUCUUUAAAAUUGUUGUAUCUAAUGUAUAAUUAGUAUCCUAUAAACGUUCGGGACGUACUGUGUAUACAAGAAAUUAGGAAGGAAAUAUUUAUGGAGAGACAAUACUUCAAAAGUAGUAGACAUACUAGACAACACUAAGAUAUGACCAAAUCAGCUGGGUCUAGACGCGUACGCAAUCAAGCUACCUCACUUACGAUACCCCGGCAAAACUCGGUCUCUGAGAAUGGGAAAGUACGCCAGAACCUAUGCCCCGAUGCAUUGGCAUCUAUGAACAAGGAACAGCUACGAGCGGAGUGUCGGAAAAGAGGCCAACGGACUUCGGGAAACAAAAAUGAGCUGCUUGCCCGGCUCGGGUAUUUCAAGCUGGCGGCGGCAUCCGCGGUACCAGUGAACUCGGAGCAGCGACCCCGCAACGGCAUACACCACUCCGGCCCGAAGGAAACCAAGAGUAAAGCUGUAUCAAUGGAUACAGACAGCUUGGUGCUAUGGAAGAAGCCGGUACAGACAAUAGAAUAUUUCCUCAGGGAACUACUCAUAUUAUGCUCAACGGGCUUGCAAAGACUAUUAGGAUAUAAGUUAGUAGCGCUAACUUUAGUGUCAUUGUUGGCAAGCAUUACCGCCGCAUACUACAUCAAUGGACCUCACCAGAGCCUUGUACAGGAGGCAGUAUCAACCCUCGCCUGGUGGGGUUGGUGGGUGGGUCUCGGCGUGCUCAGCUCGGUGGGUCUCGGCACAGGACUCCACACGUUCCUGCUGUACCUGGGCCCGCAUAUAGCACGCGUCACGUUGGCCGCGUAUGAAUGCGGGUCACUGGAUUUCCCCACACCGCCUUAUCCUAAUGAUAUAAUCUGCCCGACCACCGUCAGCCCGACCGUCGUCACCAUCUGGAGUAUAAUGUCCAAGGUCCGCAUCGAGUGUAUGAUGUGGGGCAUGGGCACGGCGCUGGGUGAGCUGCCGCCGUACUUCAUGGCGCGCGCCGCGAGACUGUCCGGCGGCGCCGCCACUGAGCUACAAGAGUCUAGUAGCAGCAGGGCAAAAGUCAUGAUCCAGAAGCUAGUACAACGCGUCGGAUUCGCUGGCAUUUUAGCGUGUGCGUCCAUACCCAACCCGCUGUUCGACCUGGCUGGUCUGACUUGUGGACAUUUUCUGGUGCCAUUCUGGACUUUCUUCGGCGCGACGCUGCUGGGCAAAGCGGUGAUCAAGAUGCACAUACAGAAGAUGUUUGUUAUUAUCGCCUUCAAUGAGGCUCUUGUUGGGCAAGCUCUUACUUGGGUGGAGAAGAUACCGUACAUCGGGCCAAAACUUGAGGAGCCUUUACUAGAGUUUUUGAAGAACCAAAAGGCUCGUCUUCAUAAAAACGACGGAGCGGAAAUGGAGAGCCAAGGGUCCAUACUGUCUAGUCUUCUAGAGAAAUUCGUGUUGGCCAUGGUUCUGUACUUUGUGGUGUCGAUAGUGCACGCGCUAGCGCAGAACUACAGUAAACGCAUCGGCAAGAAGAAAGGAAAGAAGAAGGAAUAGGGAAUAUACGCGCCAGAUGGCGGAUUAGCAUGGCGGCAGAUCAUCCGGGCGUCGCUCGGUCGGUAGUAUUCUGUCGCGUGUGGUGGGAGUUAAAUAUUUACUCGAUAACAUUCUCAAGAGCCAGCUGAUAGUUGAGUGUAUUGUCCAAGUACGCUUGCAGUUACCGAAUUAGAUGUUAUAUUCGUAUAAUUAGACUAAGCAUUCGCCGAAAAGUUGACCAUGUUUCUAAGGAAAAAAAAGAAGUUUUUAGUAAUAGCACAGGGAACAGAGUGUAGUUAGUAAGCAUGUCUAUUUGUCGAUAAGAACUAUUGACUGACUAUGCUUUGACUUUCAUACAUGGUCUAACUUUACUUGGCGAUUGCACACUGAUCUUUCUGAAAUGUUCUGCAGCGCUUUAUUGCAUUAUUUUGAGUCGUGUAGUUUACCAAAUGUAAAGAAUUUAUACAAAAUCUUGCAGACUUUAUAAAGUUAGUACUAAAUACAAAUCCGACAUUUAAACAGAAAUAAAGCAAUAACAGUGUUGUAAGUAGUUUAUUAUUAAAUGUUGCUUAGGCUAUCGCUAGUAAGAUUUGUAGUGCACAUUUUAUGGUCA